AUGCAGUCCUUGUAUGGAAAAGUUCCAUCAUGUUUGAAAAGUCCUGAAAAGUUAAACCACCACUCUGCUCGAACAAAAUCUCAGGAAGUUAGAUUUGAAUUACCCAUAGUAGACGAAACAAAGGUUCUUGAUGAUAUGAAUACUGACAGUAAAAUAACAAACCAUCUGAUCGAUAUGAACAAACAAAAAAAAAUAGAUUCUGUUGGUAACAAAGAACCUUAUGAUUCUGUCCAAGAAGUAGUUUAUAAAACUAUAAACAAUUAUACUAGGGAUAAUUUAAUGAACAAAGAUAAUAGCAGUAAUAACAAUAUAGAAAAGCAACCCAAAAUUAUCAUAGCCAAUGGCGAUUCUAAUAAAGAGCUAGUUAAUAACACUUCUUCCAUUAUAACUGAUAGUAUCCCGCGAAACCUUCUAAACACUUCAAAUUUAUAUUUGCACCAAGAUUCUCCUUUAAAUAACUUCAACGUUCUUAUACCUUUGGAAAUUAAUUUACCUCCUCAAUUGUCAGGUACUCAAACAAAAACAAAAAGAAAAUCUUUAUUAUUCGAUGGAAAUAGUUAUAGUGAGUAUCAAGUUGAUAAUAGUCAUGACACAAGUGAUAUUUCUAUACCUUCCGCCGCAAACAAUUUUUCGUUUGAACUGGAUGACUUGGCAAAUGAUGAGUUCUUGUGUAUCGACAAGGAGGCCAAUGUUAAUUUAAAACAGCAAAUGAGCAAUAUGCUUAACAAAAAAAAAUAUCAAACGAAAAACACUACCGCCGCUGCUGCUGCCACCACCACCACCACCCGUAGUGAUAAUAAUUGCUCUUCUCUUGAAAUUUUGAAAUCACCCUCAAAAGUCAUUGAUAUACCUGAUUUAUCUGAUGAACAAUAUUUGCUCAAGACCGACUCGUAUAAUUCGGUUAAUUCCUUGAACAGAUAUUUCCAAGAUACUGAUAUUAACGCUAGCACCAAAAACAGUUUUGUUAGCGACCAAUUUUCAAUAUUAUCUAACACCACACCAAAAAAGUAUGAAGCAAAUGCAUUAAACAUGCAAUUUAAGUUUCCAUCUCCCAUCAAGAGCGACAACGAGAACAGCUUUAAAGAUUUUGACCGUACAACUGAUUCUAAAUUGUUAUUAUCCCCUCCUGAAAAAGAUCAAGAUUUCAUAAAGGUUUCUGCAUCCCCAUACACAUCCAAGUGUACUAAUCUGAAUAAUACUAGUCCCUUUUACAACACCAAAACAAGUACAAAUUGCAACAACAAUAAUUUUAAUAAAGGCCAUAGCCAUAGGAGAAGCAGAAGUGUAGUAAGCACACAUGAUAUGCUAAGUAAUUUAAACUCACCCUACAAUACUAACAAUGGUAAUAAAGGAGACAUAACCUCUUCUCCUUUAUCCUCUAAAAGGAACAAUCAUAGUGAUAUCAGUUUGUUAGAUUUCUCAACCAUUGAUAAUAGGCUGAUGCCCGAUACAAAAGUUUCUCCUCCUAAAAGAUCACCAAAAAGGAAUAUUAUAAAUAACGAUGUUUUGGAGGUGCCUACAUUACCCGUUAUUAAUGUAUCAAUAGAUUGUGUAAAUAGUAAUGAUCAGCAACAGGAAAACAAUAUUAUGGAAAGUUUAGUGCCCAAUAUUAAUAUGAAAGAAGAAAAUAAUAAUCUGAACGCUAUCUUUUCCUCUAAUAAUAGUAACACUAAUAGUUCAUUACCCACUAUUAAUGAUACAGAAACUAGUGUGAUUACGAUAGACUCUUCCCUAUCAAAUUCUGAUGUAAAUGACGACAGUAUAAUCGAAAUAUGUGAGAAUUCUGCCAAUAAAGAUUCAAAUUCUAGUAUAGAAAUACUAUCAUUUGGAAGCACACCCACAAAUACUGAUGUUAUUCCUAACACCGCUAUCAAUACUAACAAUCCUAUAAGAUCAGAAAAUAAGCAAGUACGAGUGCCAGCUAGGAAGCCACUUUCCACUUAUAAUUCAUUCCCUAAACCAUUAGAGACAGCACCAGAUGUGUUUUUUGAUAAUGAAAACUUAAAAGUAAAUGAAUUUUUUCCAUCAACUAGACCCAAUUUUAACUCAAAGGCAAAUAAAACAAGAGAUGUAAGCGGAGAUUCUUCUAAUUCAUCAAAUACCACAACAACCAAUAACGAUGACGAUAACAACAACAGUAACGACUAUGAUAGUGUUUCAAGUUUUAAAUAUACACAAAGCAGUGUUUCUUCCUAUCAAAACACCAAUCUCAAUGCUAAGAAAGCCAAUCCAACCACUAAGUUAUUAAACAACUUGUCCUUGUUAGAACUACAGAAUUCCAACAAUAUUAAUACAGAGGAAAAGUCUUCUGAACUGGUACGCAUUCCUGUUAAGAAUAAUGAGACUUUCAAUAAGGAUUAUAAUAAGAAUACUUUUUACAAUUCAAUAAACACGAGUCCCAAACUGCAGUUGAAACCAGUACAAAUUUUACAAAUGUGCGAGAACGCUGCAUCAGAAGCACAAUCUAUUAUAGAUGAAUUAUCUAAACCUGAGGAGGAGGCAAAUGGGGAACCACUUAAUUAUAAUAAGUCUUCUGAAUUUACUACUAUUAAUGACGGUGGUAUCAGCAAAGAUUUAAAUUUUAAAAAAAAAAUGACUGUUUUUUCUAAAAUUUUGCAGAAGAAUAUUAAUUCACCUGGACUUACAAAUGGUAUUAAUGACCAUGGGAGUAUAUAG